AUGGGGAGUGGUGAUCCCUAUGGGCGGCAACUUGACGGGAUGGGUGCGGGCAUAUCGAGUCUCAGUAAGAUAUGUCUCGUAGAACCCUACGGGAGGAGAGUGGCUUUGCCCGAGAGAGCCACUCGAUUUCGAACAGGCUUUGGUGGUAUUGAUGCAGCUCGUAAAAGUGCGCAGGCUGUACAGGCUGCAGAGGCUCUGGAAGAGGCAGGAUUGGCCGGACAUGAGCCAAAGUUGGACAUUGAUUACACAUUCGUCGGCUUGGGCAUUGAAGACAAUGAAGUCGACGUCGCAGGCAACUGUGGAAACAUGAGCAGUGCAAUUGGCCCUUAUGCUUAUAACGCCGGUCUUCUCCCAUCAAGAACAUACGCCCAGGGAGACGGAGUGGUCACAGUGAAGAUACGGAAUACCAACACUGGGAAACUGCUCGACUCUACCUUCGAAGUCAUUGGAGGACAAGCUGCCGUCGCGGGUGACUACAGCAUUGACGGCGUUACCGGAAAAGGCUCAAAGAUCAGAUUGGAUUUCAAACGUCCAUACGGCAGCAAAACUGGCAGAGUGCUACCUACUGGCAGGAGAGUGGACAACAUCGGGGGCUACAGAGUAUCGUGCAUAGAUGGCGCGAACCCAGCGAUCUUCGUCCGAGCAGACGAUGUCGGAGUGGAUGGUACCAUCCUACCCGACGACUUCAACAAUUUUCAGGAAAAGCUUGCUUUGCUCGAAAGCAUUCGCAAAGCCGCUGCCGUUGUCAUGGGUAUUGCAUCUACAGAGGAUGACGUCCCUCGUACCGUUCCCAAGAUCGGCAUCGUAUCACAAUCAUCUGCGCACCCCGUCCUCUCAGGGAAGACUCUCAAGGCAUCACAGAUGGACAUUGUCGUACGUUUUCUCUCAGAUACACAGCCUCAUCGAGCCAUUCCUUUGACUGCUGCACUGACGACAGCCGUCGCGGCGCGCAUCCCCGGAACAGUUGUCGAACAGAUGCUUGCUCCGGAGCCUUUAAUGGAGGGCGCCAUCACCAUAGGUCACGCAAGUGGUCGACUGCAGGUCAACGCCACAAUGGAUCCGAGGAACAAGCUCAUCCCCGCCAGUGGUACGGUAUAUAGAACCGCAAAGAGGCUGCUCGAAGGGAAUAUAUUCUGGGUCGACAAAUUCGGGGAGACGGAACCUAGGGAAGACACUACUGAAACCAAUACCACCUAUGGUAGUAACGGCCGACACUCUCUCGGGUUAGCUUUCGUUCUGGAGAACCGCGGUAAAGAUUCAUCCCACCUCUUCGAAGAAGACGUCGCACGUGCAAAGCAACAAGAAUCGGACAUGGACCAAAUCAUAAGCCAACAACCGACUCUAGAGCAGAUUGAAGAAAACGAGCAGAAAGAGGAGCCCGAGGUCCCAAUCCUAGUUUACAGACCCCUCCCCGACCCGCACAGGAAGCGUCGCGAUCUGCGGGAAAUACCCAAAGAAGAAGACGCUCUCACACUCGCCAUCCAAGGUCUACACUCCGAACUCACCGGACUGCUGCACGAUGAAAAGAUCAUGGACACCACGGAACAGAACUCCAACCUUCUCGAAGCUGUCCUCAGGGCACACCGUGACAUACAAAUCAACUCCCUGAUCCAAAGGCGUUCAGCCGAGAAGGCUAGCGAGAAGGCGAAGAAAUCUAUAGUUCAGAAAAGUAGAACUCGUGCACAGAAGGUUACAGCGGGCGGGAAGUUGAGAUGGGAGCAUGUGGAAAGGGCAAUCUCCGCCCGCGUCACGGAGAAGGCAAGAAAGAGGGUGGAGGGUUGGGGGAGAACGGAGAGGACGGAUACCGAUGAUAUGGAUGAACAUAUAGGGGAGAGUGUGGAAAGGAAGAUGGCGCUCCAAGGUGAUGGCGGUGGACAGCAGAAGACGGAGAGAUCGGUGAGAGAUGACAUGGAGAAAUGGAUGAGUAGCCAAGAAGAGGAAGACAGAGGUGAUGGCGGUGAGCAGCAGAAGACGGAGAGAUCGGUGAAAGAAGACAUGGAGGAAUGGAUGAGGAAAAAACAAGACGAAGAGCAGAAAAGGGCGUCUAGAGAAGACAUGGAGAUAUGGAAGAGGAACGCCCAAGAAAAGAAGGAGAGGAUGGAGAAGAGGGAGAGAGAGAUGGUGAGAGAUGACAUGGAGGGAUGGGAGAGGAGCCAAGAAGAAGAGGAGGAGGAAGAGAGAAGGAUAAGGAGAGAAGCCUUGGACGAAAUCCCGAGCAACCGCGAAAAAGGGGACACUUCGAUGUUUAGUAAGGACCCGGAAUUUGAUGCUUUAGCGGAGAGAGAGCCGGGGAAGAGGGCUCCUAGAGAUGUAGGACCGAAGAUUAGCGUUUACCCCGUUAAGACGGCGAAAAUGAAGGCAAAGCGGAUGAAAGCUUUAUACCGUAAGCCGAGGUCGUGGAAUUCGAGAUGA